AAAAAAAAAGGAGUGGCUCAGAAGCCACCUUCUGGAGAGGAGGUGAGAUGUAGGAAUGCCUGAUGCCUGCUUACCCCAGACUGUGUUCUUCUGAUCUGGCCCUCGGGUCACAACCAGAUGUAUAUGUAUGGAAACCUACUUCCCCAAUUCUAGGCUGUGUUUUCAUGCUCUCAGUUCUCCCAGGGAACCCCAACCCUGGUUACUGAGGGGUUGUGUGUCAGUGACUAGGAAUCCCUGAGGUCUGGGCUUUCCAAAUUGAGCUCCAGAUUUCAGGAGUCCCUUCCUUUAUAGGUCUCUAAUUUUUCUAGGUGUCCCUGCUUAAUUCACUUGCCCAUAGACUAGGCCUACCCCACUCUGGAAACAGACCGCAUGCAGAAGGAACAUAAGAAGUCCUAGCCCAGUGACGGAUUGGUCUGAUCUGUGAGCUGGCCCCUGGUUUCCUACCUUUCUGUCCCAUUAUCCUGUCUUUGGGGCCUAUCAGGAGUCACAGCUGUGUUCUGGUCUCCGAUAGCAUAGGUUGCUGAAAGCAAUUUCUUGCCCUUGAUAAUUUCCCAUUGCCCUGCCCCAGCCCAACUGGUAAUUUCUUCUGGACUUGACUUUCAGCCCUGAUAACUCUUCUGUGUACACGCAUAAAUUUUGAGACUCCAAAGUAUUUUCCCUGCCACAACUCAGGUUGGAGUGACCUGAGGUGGGCAUCACUAAUAUGUACAUCUCUUACAUGAGUCAGAUGUUCAUUUCUGGUUGGCCACCUGUCUGUUCCUGCCUAACAUUACCACCAUUGAUUACAAGAAGAUACUUCUCCACCCAGUCAGGGAACCCCUUUCCAACACUUCCCUGGCUUAGCUCUGACCGUGGACAAGUCAUGUGCAAACUUUCAAGGCUGCCAUCUCCUCGUUCACAAAAUGAGGAAGUUAUAAUUGCACGGAGGAAACCUGCUAGAUCUAAAUGACCAAGGCUCCUGUACUCAUACAUGGGAUGCAGGGGCCCCAUCUCUCCCCAGGUCCUAGAGUAUAUCCCUCAUUAUUGUUUGCUAUUCAGCUAUCCAUCCUAUUACGCCUUUACUCCAACCCCAAGGAAUGUCUGUGUGGGGUUGAACUGGGCUUGAAAAGACACAGAAUAGUCUAUCUCCAGAGAAACUACAACUUCCAUCAGGCACUACUUCAGCGGAACGAGAAAGAAUGCGGGGGCGUGGCUCCAACGCCCUAGUAGCGCGGGAAACGAACUACAAUUCCCAGGAUAACGCGAGAGCUCAGCAGGGCGAAAGGAGUGACUGAACUCUGACUGGGGGCGGGACCCGGGCGGAGCCGCCCCUACAGCCUCCAGAAAGGGGAAGGCCCAAAUUUUAGGGGCGUGGCUAUGUAGGCAUCAGGAAGAAGUUACCUGUUGAAUUGUCCUAUCCUUUCUGUUCCCCACCCUUGCAUCUGCCCCUAAGGGGGAAGCCGCAGACCGAUACGCCUCUUGCGAAAAAGACGUAAGGGGAGAGACUAGGGGCGGCGGCAGAGACUGGCUACUGUAUUUCGUAGAAGGGGCACAACAGCUACUUUUUACCUGCUGACUCAGACUAAAUAUAGAACCCAUCAUCUGCGGACCUACUAGUGGACUGUGUCUGGAACAUUCGCUCGGCCUCGGAAAGAGGGAGGAUCGAGGGCGACUUUUUGGCUGCAGAGGAAAGGCCCACCUAGGCUCCUUUCCGUGUUUCCCUAGCCCAAAGCGAUAGAGCUGCAUGGCUUCCGCGGUCUGGGGAAGUGCACCCUGGUGGGGUCCACCACCCCCAGCCCCAGCCCGGCCGCUCACGGACAUCGACUUUUGCUCUGGGGCCCAGCUGCAGGAACUGACCCAGCUGAUCCAGGAGCUGGGUGUACAGGAGAGCUGGAGUGACGGGCCCAAGCCGGGAGCAGACCUUCUCCGGGCCAAGGAUUUUGUCUUCUCUCUGCUUGGUCUAGUUCACCGCCGGGAUCCCCGUUUUCCUCCCCGGGCAGAGCUCUUGCUUCUUCGUGGUGGGGUUCGCGAGGGCUCCCUGGAUCUGGGGCACGCGCCCCUGGGUCCCUACGCCCGGGGACCUCACUACGACGCCGGCUUCACACUCCUAGUGCCCGUGUUUUCGCUGGACAGCACUGGGCGGGAGCUGCAAGUGGACCUGGACUCUUGCUACGCACGGCUCCGCCUCCCGGAGCUGGUGUGUGGCACCUCCGUCCGAGAAACGUGGCAGGAUUGCCUAGGACCUCCAGUCCCUGGAGGACGUGAUUUGAUCCACCCAACCGAGAGCACAGAAAGUACCAAGGACUGGCAAAGCUCGGUGGACCAGCCGCGCUACGUCGCUGAGCACCAGCCGCUAGUGCCUUUGGAAAAGGCACCUGGUGACGUUUCGGUGUCCGAGUCGCCGCGGUAUGACGUCACCGACCUUGGCUCUCCCGACCGAGUGAAAACACUGAGCAGUGACGCCACCGAGGCCGCCGUCGAAAGCCCAGUCCCGAAGCCGUCGGAGGCUUGGGAGGCGUGGCCCACAUUGUGCCCCGCCCAGGUGGCUUCCUGGUUCUUCGCUACGCUGGCCGCAGUCGCCGAGUCCUUGAUCCCUGUCCCGGGCGCCCCGCUCCUGGUCCACGCAGCUCGCCACGCGGGUUUCACCACGGUCCUCUUGGCUACACCAGGGCCCCCGCGCCGCGUCCUGCUCUUCGACCUGAUCCCGGUGGUGUCGGUGGCUGGCUGGCCCGAGGGGGCUCGUAGCCACUCGUGGGCCGGUCCGCUGGCCUCGGAGUCCGCUUCCUUCUACCUGGUGCCCGGCGGCGGCACGGAGCGGGCCGGCGCCUCCAGCUGGCAGCUCUGCUUCGCCCGCCAGGAGCUGGCGCUCAAAGCGCGCAUACCCUCGCCGCUGUUGCAGGCGCACGCGGCGGCCCAGGCGCUACUGCGCCCGCUGGUGGCUGGAACCCGGGCCGCGGCGCCCUACCUCCUGCGGACGUUGCUGUACUGGGCGUGCGAGCGGCUGCCCGCGCUCUACCUGGCGCGGCCAGAAAAUGCGGGAGCCUGCUGCCUCGGGCUGCUAGACGAGCUGGGCCGUGUGCUCGAGGCCGGGACGCUGCCUCACUAUUUUCUGAGUGGCCGAAAGCUCUGUGCGGGGGACGGCUCUGCUACCCUGCUCGGGGCAUUGGCCCGGCUCCGCGGGGACCCUGCCCGGGCCCUGCGGACCGCCGUAGAGGAGGCCAAGGUUGCGCGCAAGGGGGGCGGCUUAGCGGGCGUGGGGGGCGGGGCCCAUUAAAGACGCUGCUCCUACCA